GCGCGAGAGAAGAUGGACUGAAGAGAGGUUGCGCAGAGAAUUUAUUUAUUACAUUGGGAAAACUUAGACUGUUUUAAGUGCCUGUUUUUCUAAAAUCAGGAUGUCGUUGCUGAAACCCUUCAGUAAGCUGCCUGGUUUGAACACAGCGAACGUCUUGCUGGUGGAAAGCGAGGAGCAGUUUCAGCAGAGUUUAGCAGACGUUCUGGUUGAGGAAACUGCUGUCACUGUGAAUGUGAGACUAGCCAAGAGUCUUCCUCUGCCCAUGGAGAAUGAGGAGAGUCGUCCUAGAAUAGACCUCGUGGUUUUCAUCAUCAGCCUCACCUCAGAGCUCAGUUUCCAGUCAGCAGAAGCUUCCCUGAAAUGUUUGGACCCUGGAUAUUUCCUUGGAAAAGUCUGUUUCAUGGUCACUAAUGCUCGAAACUCUUCAGUCCCCCCAGAGCGUCUGGACGCUGUCAGAAAACUGGCUGCUUCGCUCCACUGCCCCCUGCUGUUUGCAGAGGAUCAGACACCAGAUGGUGUGACCAAUGCUGCAGAGAGGCUGCUGACCAUCCUGAAGGUGGCGGCUGGUCUUGUUCCCAUGGCUACUGCUCUCUACUUGUCCAGCCUGACACGAUGCACCGUGCCCCCAGACGUCGACCAGCCGAGCUUUGAUUAGCUCCUGUGACAGAUUUUUUUUAUUUCUUUUCAACUGAUGUUCCCUUAUUUUAUCAUGUAUAUAUUUAUUUGUGGUUCUGUCUUGUCCUCACAGUAGCAUUUUGUUUUGGGCUUAUCUCUUUUGUUUUUCUGCUGAAGUGCAUAAAAGUAGAACUGGGGCUGAAAUCCAAAUAAGCAUAACCAUAAAGAAAACAUGUGAGGAAGAUAGAAGACAUUUUGACAUGUCACUUCAGGAAAACAGGUGUACAUAAUAAAAUUAAAAUAGGUGCUCCA